GUGCCACUCAGCAUCCACUUGCGAUCACCCCACUCGGCUCCACUCUUCUUCUCCCUCUCUUUUCUCUAUCCAAACGGUCAUCGCUACCUGUUUUUCCAUCCGAAGCCCACCAAAAGUACAGGCCUGCUUGUUAUAUUCAUCUCUCAUUCUUGAAAUUUCAGCCUCGCAAAAGGCGGAGAUUGGUGGCGUCAAUAUUGGUGAGAAGACAUGGCUUUGAAUUUUCUUUCCCCAACUGAAAUCAAGUCCCUUUCUUUCUUGGACACUUCUAAAUCUUCUUACAACCUUAAUCUCCUCAAAAACCAAGGUGUGUUUGCUUUGAAAAGGAAGGAUGAAACUACCAUUGCAAAGAGAGUCCACUGUUCUGCACAGCAGCAGCCGCCUCCAGCUUGGCCAGGGCGGGCUGUUUUCGAGCCAGGUCGUAAAAUUUGGGAUGGUCCAAAGCCUAUCUCAAUUGUUGGAUCUACUGGUUCCAUUGGAACCCAGACAUUAGACAUAGUUGCUGAAAAUCCGGAUAAAUUUAAAGUUGUUGCACUUGCAGCUGGGUCAAAUGUGACACUUCUUGCCGAUCAGACCUCCUGUAUUUAUAAAGUGAGUUACCUAAUGAGGCAGGUAAAGAGAUUUCAUCCUCAAUUAGUUGCUGUUAGAAAUGAGUCAUUAGUUGAUGAACUCAAAGAGGCUCUGGCAGACAUGGAAGACAAGCCUGAAAUUAUUCCGGGAGAGCAGGGAACCAUUGAGGUUGCACGCCACCCUGAUGCAGUCACUGUAGUAACAGGAAUAGUUGGCUGCGCAGGUUUGAAGCCUACUGUGGCUGCCAUAGAAGCUGGAAAGGACAUUGCUUUGGCCAAUAAAGAGACACUAAUUGCUGGAGGCCCUUUUGUCCUCCCCCUUGCUCGCAAGCACAACAUAAAAAUUCUUCCUGCUGAUUCUGAACAUUCUGCUAUAUUUCAGUGUAUACAAGGAUUGCCUGAAGGUGCUCUCAGACGUAUAAUUUUGACUGCUUCGGGAGGUGCAUUCAGGGAUUGGCCUGUAGAUAAAUUGAAGGAAGUGAAAGUAGCUGAUGCUUUGAAGCAUCCCAACUGGAAUAUGGGAAAAAAGAUUACGGUGGACUCAGCCACCCUCUUCAACAAGGGUCUCGAAGUUAUUGAAGCUCAUUAUCUUUUUGGAGCUGAAUAUGAUGACAUCGAGAUCGUUAUACAUCCCCAGUCAAUCAUACAUUCCAUGAUCGAGACACAGGAUUCGUCCGUAUUGGCACAAUUGGGGUGGCCUGAUAUGCGUUUGCCUAUUCUCUACACAUUAUCCUGGCCUGACCGAAUUUACUGUUCUGAAAUUACUUGGCCUCGCCUUGAUCUUUGCAAGCUUGGGUCUCUUACAUUCAAGGCUCCUGACAAUGUGAAAUAUCCAUCUAUGGAUCUGGCCUAUGCUGCUGGACGAGCCGGGGGGACCAUGACGGGGGUUCUUAGUGCGGCUAACGAAAAAGCUGUAGAACUGUUUAUCAAUGAAAAAAUAAGUUAUCUGGACAUCUUUAAAAUUGUGGAGCUAACUUGUGAUAAGCACCAAUCGGAAUUGGUAUCAUCGCCUUCGCUCGAGGAAAUUAUACAUUAUGACUUGUGGGCCCGGGAUUACGCCGCCAAUUUGCAACCCUUGGCCGGUUUAAGUCCUGCUCUUGUAUGAGCUGUUGAAGAGAAAAGCUUUGCAAUCUUGGCAGAGGGAUUGUGGGGGCAUAAAGCAAUUGUAGCAUAGAAGAAAAUGGAAUCGGAGAAUUUCUAAUGGUUCUUCAUCUGUAAUUGUAAGUAAUAAAACUGCAUGCAUUUGGUUUCUCGUCAAUGAAAUGUAGUUUAAGCUUACACAAUUGGAUUUCAAGAAAAUGUAAUGUUGGGCCUUAAUGCUCAGUUAGGCCAAGUAGCCCAAGCCUGUGGCAGCCCAGACCGUUAAAAACUUAGCCCAAUCUGUGUACUUAAAGCAUCAAUAAUAAAAAAAUAAAAAAUUCUCUAGAUUA